AGAACUGUGACAAUUUGAUAUUUAACUGUGGUAAUUAAAAAGCUAAACCUUUGUAUUUGAAUCUGUAAUUUGAUAUGGAUCUGUUAGCAACUCAACCUUAUCAUGAUAAUGAUGAUGCAGCUACACAAAAGAUUGAUGUGGUACCGGAUAAAAUACAGAAUGAACAGGUUGGUGUAUUAAUUGUCAAUUCUAAAUCAUACCCUAUUUAUGAGGGAGUUUGUAAUAUAGGACGUAAUUCCCAUUGUAAUAUUCAUUUGGAAGAUCAGAGUAUAUCAAAAUAUCAUGCAGAGAUAGAAGCAUAUACAUAUCCAACGCCCUCAUGGAUAAGUGAUUUGAAUUCUUGCAAUAAAACAUUACUUAAUAAUGUUGUUCUACGUCCUGCGCGUUAUUAUGAAUUAAAGGAUAAUAGUAUAAUUCAAUUCGGCAGGAUAAGAGCAAUUUAUAAAUCAUGUUAUUCAGGAAAGGCAUUAACCAUCCCCGAAACUCCUGAACGUGUCGAUCAGAGUAGUGUAACAGUUUCACAUUUAAAAACUCCAGAUUCAUUAUUGAUUACUCAUUCAACUUCGAAUAAGAGUAAUUGUAAAAUUACGGCGAUACAAGAAUAUUCCAAAAAAUCCAUUUCUUGUACAUUCACAAACCAGUCAGCUCAAGAAAUAUUACAAAAUAUGAGCAAACAAAAUAUUAGUACAGAAAUAAAUGUUAGCGCAUGCGAGCAGAACAAUCGCAAUUCGAGUUACGAAUCGGAUGAUAUAUUUGAUGCGGCUACGCAACAUGUUAAUAUCGAUUCAUAUUUGAAACAUAUGCAAAAAUCAUCGUUACAGGAAGAAACAGAAAAAUGCGACGAAAAUGUUAGUAAUAUCGAUAACACAAUAACAAUGGAACAAAAAUGCAAAGCCAUUGGUUCAACGAGUACACCCAUAAAGAAAACAAAUGUUAACGAUCAAGUAGAAAAAUUGAAUAGCAUAAAAGGAGAUAUUGCAUCGGCAGCAACCAAGCAUCUUCGGUCGAAAAAUGAUUCUUCACAUUCGAUUAAAGAAAAUAAUAAGGAAGAGAAAGAUAAUGUUGAUUUGAAUUCUGUAGAAACUCAAUUGAUAUCCUUUCCUGACUGCAUUUCAAAUUCAAAAGAAGGACAAACUAAUAGAGAAACAAGUGAUAAUGAUAAUAUGGAAACGUUAAAUACGCAAAUAAUAGAAUUUUCUGAGCUUCCUUGCCGUGUUAAUGGAAGUAGUGAAAAGUACAAGAAAAAAAAUGAUACUGAUAUUUAUUCGAUAGAUACACAAAUAAUAAACAUAGAAAGUAACAAUGGUUCCGAUUCAGCUAAGAAGUUACAAGCAAAUAGAAUUGACAUAACCAAAUGUAAUUCUAGUGUAGAAGAUAUCGAUUAUGAGACAGCGAGUACGCAAGUAAUCGGAGAAAUGAACAUUACAAAUAGUAAGACAUUUAAAUUAGCUAAAUCCAAUUUCCAAAGUGAUUUACAAGAUGAUGAUGAUGACAUCUUAUCUCGUUUGCCAGAGGUUACUAUAUCUGGCACUCUUUCAAAUUCAUCUAAUCCUGUGGCGCUAGUAAAGCGAACAAAUAAGACUAGAAAGUUUCAUCGUAAUACAAAAACUGCCGAUAAAUUUGACGCAUCAUCUAAAAUGAAUAAAACUAAAUCUAUCGACAAGAACGCAACGGAUACGACGUUAAAUGAAAGUGACGAGGAUUCAAACAAAAUGACUAAAAGUUUGAUCUCUCAGAAAAAUAAAAGAUCGAGCCAUUCGAUGGAUAAAAGAUCGAGCCAUUCGAUGGAUAAAAGAUCGAGCCAUUCGAUGGAUAAAAGAUCAAGCACAAAAGAAAAUAUAGUUACCGUUAAGAGUUCAAAUGAUGAAUCUAAAAUUAAUACAAGAAAUAAAACGAUCAAGAGAAAUACUAGAAAAAGAAAAAACGAAAUACCAAAACGUAAUUCUCGAUCUAUGACCAAAAAAGAACGUGGGGAGAAAAACGACACAUCAGAAGAAGAAAUGGGAGAGGAGUCACAAGAAGUUGCUAUGAUCAUGGAAAAUUCUUUGAUUAACGAUAGUAAGACGAAAAAUAUUGAACGAAAACGUAAAAGGUCGAAUGUCAAUUCGGAUAACAAUUCUUUAAACAAUAGUUAUGAUGUUUCCCGUAAAGGUGAAACGAGUAAUGAAAAGUACAAAAUACGAGUAUUGCGAGCGAAACAAAAGAACUUAAAUAAAAAUAAUACUUCGCAAUCGUCUCUUGAUUCUUCUAUGACGGAUGAUUCAUUGAUCAGGAAGGAUAGAAAUAAAAGAUCCCUACCAUCUACAAGGAAUUCUUCGCUUACUCGGUCCACAAAUAUGGAAAAAGAGAUAGAUCAAAAUAGUAGUAUUGUUUUGAGAAAAAGAAAAAAAAAAGAAUCCGAACUUUCAACGGAUGUAAUUAUUAAUAUAAGAACUUCGGAUACUCGUAAAUCUAUAUCUAAUGUGAACUCGAAUUCUUCAUUUUCUACUCCAAAAGAAAAAGUUUUGUUUACCGGUUUAACGGAUGACGAUUAUGUCAAAGUAUUAAAAGUAUUAGGUGCUGUCAAGGUGGACGAUCCUUCUGAGUGUACUGUAUUAGUUACAGAUAAAAUACGUAGGACAACUAAAUUUCUUUGUACUUUAGCAAAAGCAAUACCAAUAGUAUCCGUUAAUUGGUUACUCGAAAGCAAACGAGCUGGACAUUUCUUAGAUUGGAACAAUUAUUUUCUAAAGGAUCCAGCUAUGGAAGCAAAAUACGGAUUUAGAUUGAGAAAGAGCUUGGAAAAGGCUAAAGAACGACAAUUGUUAGACGGUUAUAUAGUUUUAUUAACUCCAAAUAUAGUCUCACCACCUAUACCAGAAUUGAAAGCUAUGAUUGCGUCGUGCGGAGGCAAAGCUGUUUUACGUGCACCUAUGGAAUUGACAAUAAAAACAGUUAUUAUAAGCAACGAAAAUGGUUUGAAGAAGGUGGAUAAAUGGUUGGUAAAAGCACCAAAAGGUGUAACUGUACAAUCUACCGAGUUUCUUUUAACUGGUAUUUUAAAGCAAGAAUUAGAUUUCGAUAAAUAUAAAUUGAUGUAAUUAUUUGAUUAAUUUUCAUCAUAAGUGCCUAUGCAAAAAAAUUCCAUUCAAAAUGACUAUUAUGAUAGAAAUUAUCUUGCAAACAAAUAUAAAUUUUUUAAGUUUACUCCUUAAGAAUCGAUUUUCAUAUAAGACGCCCGGUAUGUUUUUUGUUAUAAAAAGAAAAAGAUAAAUGAUUUAUAUUAUAUAUUUACGACUAAUAGAUAUUUAGUUACCAAUCAGAAUGUAAAUCUUAUUAUUUGUAUAUAUGAUUUUCUAUUGUAUAUGUAAUUUAGAUUUAUAUUGUAAUAUAUACACUAAAGAAUCAAUAUAACUUUUAAAAAGAUAUUCUAUUUUAUUAAAUCCUUAUUUUAAUAUCUAUAUAAUUAUUACUCACAGUUUAACACAAGGAUAACUUAACUUAAGUAUCAAAGAUUUUUCAUAAUACAACUUAGAAAAAAAAGCUUAUCAUUGAUAUUACGAAUAAUAGAUUCAGCGAAAUAAUAAACACGCUAAUAAUAUAAGAAAACAAAGCUUAUUUUUGUUAAAUUUUUUUCGUUUUCUUUUUCUCCCCCACAAGUUAGAGAUCUAAUUGUUACUUUACGAAAAAGAGAAUAUAUAUCUGACAAAGCUUACGAUCACAACUAUUUAGAAAUUAACAAAUCAUCUCUAUAUAUAUAUAUGUAAAUGAUGUUGAUCAUUAACGUUCUAGUGGAACGUGA